AGAUCGAUAUAUACACAACAAAGCGUUUACUAAAACUUGCAGUAUUCAUAAUAAGAUCUAUAUCAGGGUGUAUAAAUUUCUAUUGUAUGGCUAUUCACAGCUUAAUUCAAGGAUUAAUCCCUUCAAGCUUCUUCUUCAUGAAUAGCAGACCAGAAAAUUGUAAUCUCAUCAAAAAUGGUGUCUGUGUUGAUCCUUUUAGGGUUCGGUGCAAGCUUGCAGCUGGUGGAAGUGAAAUUCCGAUGCAUCAACAAUCCAUUCCAAGGAGGUCAGCAAAUUAUGAACCUCCUCUUUGGAGCUAUGAUUAUAUUCAAUCUCUGACAAAUGAUUAUCUGGAAGAAUCUUAUGGUAUACAGUUAAGGAAGCUAAAGGCACAAGUGAGCACGAUGCUUGAACUUUUGGAGGAUCCAUUGGAUAGCAUUGAGUUAAUUGAUAUUCUUGAGAGGUUGGGAUUAUCUUAUCACUUUACAAAUGAUAUAGACAAAAUCUUGAAGUGCAUAAGUGAGAAAAACAAAACAAAUAAUGAUUCGUGGAAGAAAAAUAAUUUAUAUGCAACAGCACUUGAAUUCAGACUUCUAAGACAACAUGGCUACCACAUACCUCAAGAGAUUUUUAAUAUUUUUAUGGACGAGAAAAGGAGCUUUAAGGCACACCUCAACGAAGAUAUAAAGGGAAUUUUGAGCUUGUAUGAAGCUUCAUAUCUUUUGGUAGAAGGUGAAAUAAUUCUAGAAGAAGCUAGAAGUUUUACCACAAAACAUCUUAAGGAAUAUAUAAAGCAAAAUAAAAAUGAUCUUUCAGUGUUUGUGAGCCAUGCCUUAGAGCUUCCCUUACACUGGAGAGUUCCAAGAGUGGAGGCCAGAUGGUUCAUUGAGUACUACGAAAGGAAACAAGACAUGAGUCCUAUCUUGCUUAAGUUUGCAAAGCUAGAUUUCAACAUAGUGCAGGCCAUUUACAAAAAGGAUCUAAAACAAGAGUCAAGAUGGUGGAAGAAUAUUGGCUUCGAGGACAAGCUAGUCUUCUCGAGGAGUAGGUUAGUGGAGAGCUUUUUAUGGAGUAUCGGUAUUACAUUUAAGACUCAACUUGGAUAUUACAGACAAAUGGUAACAAAAGUGAUUUCUCUCGUGACUACUAUUGACGAUAUUUAUGAUGUAUAUGGUACUUUAAAUGAACUGGAGCUCUUUACAGAUACCGUUAAAAGGUGGGACAUUCAUACAAUUGACCAACUUCCAGAGUACAUGCAAAUAUGUUUUCUUGGCCUCUAUAACUCUAUAAACGAAAUUUCAUUUGGCAUUCUCAAGGAAUAUGGGACUAAUGUCAUUCCUCACCUAAGAGAAGCGGUAAGUAUCUAA